AUGGCCGCUCCCGUUGCCCCCGGCGCUGUCGACCAACUUGCCGCUGAUCUCGGCAACACCAACCUCAACAGCGCUGACAACCGUGCCGCCCCCGCCAUCAACACCAAUGUGUCUCCUGGCGAGUACCAGACCGAUGCCGACACGGCCGGUCCGACCCCAAGCUCGGCUGCUCCCCACCCUCAGUCGUCGGCCUCGCUCUACGUUGGCGAGCUGGACCCGUCUGUGACCGAGGCCAUGCUCUUCGAGCUCUUCUCCCAGAUUGGCUCUGUCGCCUCUAUUCGCGUCUGCCGCGAUGCCGUCACCCGCCGCUCCCUCGGCUAUGCUUAUGUCAACUACAACUCGACCGCUGAUGGCGAGAAGGCGCUCGAGGAGCUCAACUACACCCUCAUCAAGGGCCGCCCUUGCCGCAUCAUGUGGUCUCAGCGUGACCCCGCUCUUCGCAAGACCGGCCAGGGCAACGUCUUCAUUAAGAACCUUGAUGUCGCUAUCGACAACAAGGCUCUCCACGAUACCUUUGCUGCUUUCGGCAACAUCCUGAGCUGCAAGGUCGCCCAGGACGAACAUGGCAACUCCAAGGGCUAUGGUUUUGUGCACUACGAGACCGACGAGGCCGCCGCCCAGGCCAUCAAGCACGUCAACGGCAUGCUCCUGAACGAGAAGAAGGUUUACGUCGGCUACCACAUUCCCAAGAAGGACCGCCAGAGCAAGUUCGAGGAGAUGAAGGCCAACUUCACCAAUGUCUACGUCAAGAACAUCAACCUCGAGGUCACGGACGACGAGUUCCGCGAGCUCUUUGCCAAGUACGGCGACAUCACGUCGUCCUCGCUCGCCCGCGACGCCGAGGGCAAGAGCCGUGGCUUUGGUUUUGUCAAUUUCACUGCCCACGCUAGCGCCGCCAGGGCAGUUGAGGAGCUCAACGGCAAGGAGUUCCGCGGCCAGGACCUCUAUGUCGGCCGUGCUCAGAAGAAGCAUGAGCGCGAGGAGGAGCUUCGGAAGUCGUACGAGGCUGCUCGCCUUGAGAAAGCUAACAAAUACCAAGGCGUCAACCUGUACAUCAAGAACCUGUCCGACGACGUUGAUGAUGACAAGCUCCGCCAGAUGUUCUCCGAGUUCGGUCCCAUCACCUCGGCCAAGGUCAUGCGCGAUGCGGUCAGUGAGCCGUCCGCUGAGGAUGACAAGGAGGGUAAGGACAAGGAGAACAAGAAGGAGGGCGAGGAAGCUGAGGCCGAGACCGGCGACAAGAAGGCCGAUAAGAAGGGUGAUCGCAGGCUGGGCAAGAGCAAGGGUUUCGGCUUCGUCUGCUUCAGCAACCCCGAUGACGCCACCAAGGCCGUCGCCGAGAUGAACCAGCGUAUGGUUGACGGCAAGCCGCUCUACGUUGCGCUUGCUCAGCGCAAGGAUGUUCGAAAGAGCCAGCUUGAGGCUAGCAUCCAGGCCCGCAACCAGCUGCGCAUGCAGCAGGCCGCCGCUCAGGCUGGCCUGCCUCAGCAGUUCAUGCAGGCCCCCGUGUACUAUGCUCCUGGCCAGCAGCCCGGGUUCAUGCCUCCUGGAGGUCGAGGCAUGCCGUUCCCUCAGGCCGGUCUCGGCAUGCCCGCUGUGCAGGGUGGUCGUCCCGGUCAAUUUCCGCCUUAUGCUCAGCAGGGCGGCCGUGGUGGCAUGCCUCCUCAGCAGAUUCCCAUCUACCCAGGCCUCGGCCAGUUCCCUCCUGGCGCCUAUCCCCAGCCUAGCAACCCGCAAUUCCUUGCUGCCAUUCAGCAACUCCAGCAGGCCCCGGGUCUCGCUGGAGGACGUGGCGGCCCUGGUGGUCGCGGUAUGCAGGGCAUGCCUGUUCCGCAGCCAGGUAUGCCUGCCGGCCCUGGCAUGGCUGGAUAUCCCCCGAACGGCAGGCCUCAAAAUGGCAACAUGGGUGGCCGUGGCGGGCCGAACCGCGGUGGCAACUUCGCUGCUGGCCGUGGCGCACCUCCUGUCGGCCCUCUUGGGGCUGCAGGUGAGCUCAACGCUACCUCCCUCUUGCAAUCCCAGCUCGCCGCCACCACCAGUGUCCAGCAGCAGAAGCAGAUUCUCGGUGAGAAUCUGUUCCCCAAGAUUCAGGCUAUCCAGCCGGAGUUGGCCGGGAAGAUCACUGGCAUGCUGCUCGAGAUGGACAACAGCGAGCUCGUCAACCUGCUUGAGGAUGAGGCUGCUCUGAUUGCCAAGGUCAACGAGGCCAUGGCUGUCUAUGACGAGUACGUCAAGUCGCAGCAGGGUUCCGGCCAGCCCGCCGCCCAGGGGGAGGCUGAGGCCGAGAAGCCCAAGGACGAGAAGCAUGAGGAGAAGGCUUAG